AUGAACGUGGCCGGGAGUCGCCCCCCUGACCUGAUUGAGAGACCUGGCAGCCUCCUGACAAAAACUGGAAUAGCGCUGCUCUAUAAUGAAGAGAAUGGAAAUACCUAUGAUAUCCGUCUGAAGUUAGCAAAAGAAGUGUUAACCAUUCAGAAACAGGAUGUGGUGUGUGUCAGCGGAGGUGAAUCCCUUUCAAAUCGCAGAACCAUUGUGCUUCGAAGACAGGCUGUCGGGGGCUUUGGUCUGAGUAUCAAAGGGGGAGCUGAACACAAAGUGCCAGUUGUCAUUUCAAAGAUUUUCAAAGAUCAAGCUGCAGAUCAAACGGAAAUGCUGUUUGUGGGAGACGCCAUGAUACAGGUCAAUGGUAUUAAUGUAGAAAAUGCCACUCAUGAGGAAGUGGUACAACUCCUGCGGAGCGCUGGGGAGGAAGUCACCAUUACUGUCCGGUUCCUCCGUGAGGCGCCGUCAUUCCUGAAGCUUCCUUUAGGUUCUCCUGAACGCUUCAGUGACCACAGCAGCAGAGCAUCCUCACCAUUGUUUGACAGUGGUUUACAGCUAAAUGGAAAUUCAAACCACACUGCUCCUUUCUCCCCCUGUUCCCUCAACUCACCCUGCUCACCCUCCGUUAAUGAGGCGCGGUAUGAGAAGCGCUGGCUGGACUCUGUGUCGCUGCCCCUGCUCCUGGCCCGAGUGGCACGCUACAAGGCAGGAGGGGAUAAAUUAAGGGCAAACAGUUUGGAAGUCCUGGCCUUGGAUUCAGAGGUCAGCACUGUUCUGCAGUUCUGCACAGUGUCCGAAAGCACAGACUGGCUCCAGUCAAUAUGGACCAACAUCAACGACCUCACCCUGGCCAACAUAAAAAUGGCCAACAAAGACAGCUCACCUGAUGAACAGAUAGUCCACAUGGGAUGGGUCUGCGAACACCUACAAGCAAAAGGCUCCACUCACAUCUACAGCUCAAAGUUUCUGGCACUGAAAGGAUCAUCUCUCUACAUCUUCAGCCGUCCCCCAAUCAGCGCAUUCGACUGGGGAACGGCUGAGGCCGUGCACAAUCUCUGUGAGGUUCUCUUUAAAGCGCAUAAGCUGUGGGUUGCAGAGGACUGCUGGCCGCAUGACAAACUGUUCCUGGGUCAGCAGCAGGAGGGUGGUCCAGGAGAUGGCAAAGCACUGUGCUUCAGCCUGCUGCUUGGACACGGGCAAAGCCACUGCUACAGUGUGGAGCUGGGGAGCGAUCUUGCCCUGUGGGAGAAGGCCUUCCAGCGAGCCAUCUUCAUGGAGGUACAGAGAGUCAGGUCGAAGACUUACAUUUGCAGCACCCAAGGGAAAGUCCUAUGUUUUACCAUCGACUUUGAGUCUGGCCUCACCUGUGCAGAGUGCUGCUCAAAGAAUGUUCUUUGGAGAUAUAGGUUCUCGCAGCUGAAGGGCUCCUCUGAUGAUGGGAAGACACGGGUUAAACUCCUGUUCCAGAAUUUGGAAAAUAAACAGAUAGAAAUGAAGGAGUUAGAGUUUGCUAACCUGACAGCUGUCCUGCACUGCAUACAUUCCUUCAUGGCAGCCAAAGUGGCGUCUGUGGACCCAGUUAUGGCCAGGAAGAAUCUGCACAGCAGCUAGAACACUCAGCAUUUGUACAUGGACAAACUCUGCUGCUAUUUCUGCCAUGGACAAUC